AAAGGACGGUGCUCAAAGGUGGGUAGGGGGUGGAACCAAGGGACAGUGCUCGGAGGUGGGUAGGGGGUAGAACCAAGGGACAGUGCUCGGAGGUGGGUAGGGGGUGGAACCAAGGGACGGUGCUCGGAGGUGGGCAGGGGGUGGAACCAAGGGACGGUGCUCGGGAGGUGGGCAGGGGGUGGAACCAAGGGAUGGUGCUUAGAGGUGGACAAGGGACGGUGCUCGGAGGUGGGCAGGGGGUGGAACCAAGGGACGGUGCUCGGAGGUGGGUAGGGGGUGGAACCAAGGGACGGUGCUCGGAGGUGGGUAGGGGGUGGAACCAAGGGACAGUGCUCGGAGGUGGGUAGGGGGUG